UUUAAAAAAUUUAACUAAUAUAUUAGUAACACGACAGAAUAUAUUUAUAAAAAAAUUUAAUCUUUAUAUAGUAGCAAAGUAAAAAAAAAAUCGUUGAAUAAAAAUGGGUCGUCGCGAAAGAAUAAAUUUAAAUUUCGAUAGACGUCAAGAUAGUAUUAACAAAAGUAUUGAAUCAUUAAUGCGAUUUAUAGAUUCAGUAAAAUCUACAAUAAAUAAAUUUCGUGAAGAAUUUGAACAAGUCUAUAAUGAAUAUUUAACAUCAGUUGAAAAAAAUGGAAUGAAAUUAUCAAUUCCAUAUUCAUCAUUCCGUAAAGCCGACGGUAUUUACAACAAAAUAAUCACGUCGUUGAAGAAAUUCAUCGCAUUACUUAUAGAAGACUAUGCAGACAUACUAUUAGUAGGAAAUAAAAUAACAACAGCAAAUAAAAAAUAUUUUAAAAUACAGCAGCAAAUAAUUGAUAAUAAUAAAAAUGAUUUGUCACGAUUAGAACAAUCAAUCAAGAAUAUGAAAAACAUAAUAAAUGAUUACAAUGAAUUAGCUAAUGAAUAUCAUACCAAAAUAAUGGUUUUCCAAUCAUUACAGCGUAUCUUACAAGAUCAAAUGAUUGUCUAUACUUCAUUUAACGGCAGUCAUUUCCGGCUUUCAAUUAAAAGUGAACUUGAAGAAUUUCGUAAUCUUCUUGAAUUAGAUGAUUCAUCAUCAUUGCGUGGUAAAAUAAACAGUCUAUUUAUCAUUAAGUCUGCCAGUCAACUCGAGUCAUUGGGUGAUGAAAAAUUGCUACAGCCAAUAACAUCUCUCAAAGAAAUUGACUCAACUGAAAAUGACAACAUGGAAGGCCAAGAAUCUACCGGACUACCACGACAAGUUAAUUUGCGUGAUUCGAAACGUAAACGUCCGAGCGAUGACGGCGAACCGACAUCGAAAAAAUUAAAAAUGACUAAAUUAUUGUCAACGAUUUUGUCAAUCACAGCGGAUGAUUUAAAAUCAAAUAACGUUAUCAAUUUCAGUUACUACUCAAUUGAUGAAAUUAAUGACGCAUUGGCAAAAGGAAAAGAAGUUUGGCAACGAUGGCUAGGUAUGACUUUCAAUGAUUUUGUCAAUCGUGAAGGUUUCAAUGAAUUUAUUGAUAUUUAUUCGUAUCUAUUGCCAAUUUCAAAUAAUUCAUCGAACAAGAUUGAAGUGAUCAAAAAAAUAUUUGGUGAUGUAAUUGAUAUGGAAAGGAAAUUCAUGGAAAAUAGAGUUGAUAUCGUAUCAUUAGAUGAUAUUUUGAAUUUGAAACCCGCUAAUUCUGAAGUAAUCAAGGAACAAUAUGAAUAUUUACGAAUAAAAAUUAUUGUUCGUGAAUUGAUUUGCUAUUACAUAUAUUAUUUAAUGGGUUAUUUAUAUGAUAAACUUGUUAUAGAAAAAAGAAUAUAUGAAAUUGAAGAAAUGGAGUCAUUGAAAUUAGAAAUAUGCAAAUAUAAAAUAGUCAGUUUUAUGGAAGAAAAAUUACUGAAGAAAAUAAAAAGAGUUUUAACUGAAAACAGAUUUUUUAGAAGUAAUGAAAAUGAACUUUUGAGAUAUAGACAUAAAGAACAUCUUAAUAAAGCAUACAGCAGUAUAGUUAAUACAAAAAUAGAUAUUUCAAUGAUAUUAUUUGAAAUACGUAAAAAUAUUGUUUCUCCUGAUAUGAAACAAGUUUUGAAAUUCCAAUUGGAUGUUAAAAAGAAAGAAUUGGAUAGGCUGAUAAAACUUGGAAAUGAUCUACGUAAUGCGUACUAUUCGAGAUAUUUAGAGAAGAAAGUGUAAAAAAGAAAAAUUGUUAUUAAUGUGAAAACAUUUCAUUUAAAAUGAAAGCUUUUGAAAAAUUUAGGAUAUUAAUUUUUAUUAUUGACCAAUUGAAUUUUUUUUUU